GCUCCACCCACCUGGGCGUUUCAGUUGGAUCUCGGAGUGUUCAAUUGGCUGUUUCGAACGGCUGCCCUGCAGGAUUUCCAUGGCGCUUGGUAUCAGCGGCAGCCGUGAUGGGACACGAAGUGACAGUUAAAAAAAACACACACACACUGGACAAAAACAAGAAUAUAGUUAGGUUUACUACAAGGUCACUAGACACGUUUGGCAGUAUUUGAGAAACAUCGUUAGAAGAAUCCAAUGCCGGUUGCAGAUUUGAAUUCUUUGUGAUUGCACCAAUGGCAGUACAGGCUGGGAUUCAGGGGUGGUUUGGAGAAAGGUUUGACGUUCCUGUUCUGAGCCCUAGAAGUCCUUUGACUCCCAGACAUGGACCAGGCUUGACAGAUGUUUUCCAGUAUGACCAGUGGCUCUCGGUGCGACAUGAAGCCACCCUGGUGCCCAUGCAGGAAGACUUAGCUAUCUGGCUGAGCGGCAUGUUGGAUCGAGAAGUAAAGGCAGAGCGGUUCAUGGAAGAGCUGGAUAAUGGGGUCCUACUUUGUCAGCUGAUCGGGGUCCUUCAGAGCAAAGUACGAGAAUGCUGCAGCACAGACCAAUGGAAGCAUUUUCCCAUGAAGAAAGUCCCAUGCAAAACAGCUGCCCCAUCGGGUUCCUUCUUUGCUCGUGACAACACUGCUAAUUUCUUGUGCUGGUGCCGAGAUGUAGGAGUGGAUGAGACAUACCUCUUUGAAUCUGAGGGUUUGGUUUUACACAAGGAACCUAGGCAAGUGUGCCUUUGCCUGCUAGAAAUUGGAAGGAUGGUAUCCCAGUAUGGUGUAGAACCUCCAGUUCUGGUUAAGCUGGAAAAGGAAAUUGAGUUGGAAGAAACGCUGCUCAUCACAACAGGACCGACUGCUCCUAUCAAAACUUUCAGUGUGUGCUGUAAUCAUGGGGACCUUCAUGAAGCCUCUCCUUCAGCUUUCCUUCUAAGCUUUUUCGGCAGUGAGAAAGAUGCCACACAGACUGAAAAGGUCCAGAACAUUGCGGAAGACCCACCUUGCAAUUGCUCUCACAGGUUUUCAAUUGAAUAUUUAUCUGAGGGCAGAUACAGACUGGGAGAUAAAAUUCUGUUCAUAAGGAUGUUGCAUGGCAAGCAUGUGAUGGUACGUGUAGGUGGUGGGUGGGACACCCUUCAAGGCUUCCUGUUAAAGUAUGACCCCUGCCGGGUGUUACAGUUCACCACUCUCGAACAGAAAAUCCUUGCCUUCCAGAAAGGAGUCUCAGGUUCUCUUGACGUUCCACCAUCCCCGGCCAGAACUCCUCAGCCACCUACUAUGAACCCCUUAUCAGCAGUUAAUCUGCAGUCCAUGCCUUCUAAGCCUAGCUCUCCUGCAGUACCCAGACUAACUACUAACAGAGCGCCAACCCCAUCUAAAUGCCCACAUUCCCCUGCAACAACACCACGACUAGCAAAAAAACUUCCACCACCACAAAGUAAAUCUCCACAGCCGCCCUCUACACUGACUGGGGGUAGACCCCAAGACGCCUCAUCUAAAAGCCCCUACUCUUCAGCCAGAACACCUAUAACAUUAACAAAAAAUCUAGAAAACCAGGCAAGGCGUCCCCAGUCACCUUUGACACAUUCCCCAAUGGUGUCCAGGCUGAAGCCCUCAUCUAAAUGUGCACCCCCAGCUUUAUCUAGGAGUCCAUCUGUUUGUUCAGAACCAUCUGGUAAGUGCUCCAAGCCAUCAACCAGGAAUCCAAGACUCUUCUCCAAACUAGCCCCUUCACCCCCCAGGUGCUAUCCUGUACCCUCUGGAUCAAAGACACCUUCAGUUUGUUCAGAACCCAUUAAUUCACUGAUGUCGACUCCAAGAAUGCCGACUAAAAAGGCACCUGAAAAGCCCAAGCUACCUACUGCCAGCACAGCAUCACCAGCUUCUUCUGUUCAAAGAAGGCUUUCAGAACGACGGGCUGGGUCUCCUGCAGCAACACUGAGGUUGAACACCAAAGGCGUUCAGCCUUCUGAACAACAACAUCCUUCUUCACCUAGGAUUGGAAACGCCAUCAAAUCAGAAACCCCUGCUAAAAACAGUCACACUUCCAGGCCAUUACCUGCUUUAGGUCGUGCACCUCCCAAGUCUUCUGCAAAGAACCAGGCCCCAUCCUCUGGGACUACAAUCCCUAAGACUUCAGCUAAAAUACCGCUGUCCACUGAUAUAGUAUGUAAUAAUCUACAGACCAAAAGCCAUCCUUCUCCAAGGAUCAUUCCAAAAAACACCAAAACACCCAGAACUCCUACUGCUAAUUCUAAUAGUUCUCCAAGGACACCAUUGUCUGUAGUUAAAAUUCCCCAAACUGUAGCCAGAACUCCAAAGGCUCCAGCACCCACAACACAGACAGCAGGUAAGACUGCAGCUUCUGCGAAGGGACCUCCAAAGUCUGGAAAAGCUCAAGGUUCAUCUAUAAAAAAGCCCUAUUCAAAUACAAAGAUUGCGCCUUCUGUAACAAGACACCCUGCAGUGAAGACCAAAAGUAAAGAUGCCUACUUUGAAAUGGAUGGCAAGAAGAAACAGAAAAAAUAAAAAUUAGAGUGGAGGUUCUAACAAAAGUGAAAUGUGCUGCAACCUUUGAUUUGUCAAAGCUGACAACCACCUGUAAAUAUGGUGCUACCUUUAAAGAACCAGUGCAGAAGAUGAACAUGCUUAAGGACAAAUGGAAAGGUACACUGCAACAAUGAGCUGCUCAUUUAUUGAUAAACUUUGUUGUUUAAUUCAAUAAAAUGUUAUUUGUUCAUUGUUAGUGAACUAUGUCUUUAUAGCACAAUACCAUGUAACCAAGAUUUAUAAUUAUGGUAUAAUAAUCUACAGCAGGGGUAGGCAAUCCUGGUCCUGGAGUGCCACAGACACUUCUGGUUUCUGUUUUGUCAAAGCCCUAAUUAAUUUAAUGAUUGGCUUAAUUGGUCAGAAUUACCAUGUGUUCCAGGUAUUCAGCAAUUGAUGAUUUAAGAGAUACCUACAAAACCAGCAGGAUUGUGGCACUCCAGGACCAGGGUUGCCUACCCCUGAUCUACAGUAUAAUUCUUAUAAAGGGGGGGUUACAAUUUAUGUAAUCCACUUAACCACUAACAAUAGUAUUACUGGUCCCUGUCAACAGAAUGUCUUUUGGUUCUUUGCAUAAUUGCUUUAAUUUGUGACAGGUGGAUGUGUGAAAUACAAUCAUGUGCCUAAACAGCAAUUACACUUUGUAGAGGAGGCACUAGAUCAGUGGCCCUCGAGAUCCAAUCCAGUCCAGGUUCUUACACCAAGCAAGUUCUAAUGUAGUUAAUUGAAGCUGUUAAGAGGCAAUUAACUAAUUUAGGACCUGGUUGGAAUGAAGACCAGGACUGGAAUAGAUCCUGAGGGCCAGAGUUGAGUACCACUGCACUAGACUAGAUCAUGGAGACGUAGAUUGGGGCAUGCAGCAGAUGUCUAGAAGUGUUAUUACAUGAACUUCUUAACAUGGGCACGGUUCUUCUCAACGAUGUUAUCUUUGUGCAGGUUGGUUCAGGUUGGUUCACAGCCUCUAUAAUCCACCCCUCCUGCCAGGGACAGGAAAUAGUAUUCUUCUGUUGUGUAUGUACGUGUGUUUAUUUUAUUAUAAUUUGCACUGACCCGGAUACCAGUGGAACAUUUCUAUACACAUUUAGUUUUAAAGAGACAUAUGGGUUUUGUUUCUGUAUUUACCUUGUAGUUCCGGUGUCUUUUGAAAACCCCACUGUUUCUGUAUAACUAAGGGAUGUUGAGAGUGUCCUACAGACGGCUUUGCCUGUGCUCUCAACACAAGCCUUUGAUAAAAAAAUUUCUUGCUAAGCUAAGAGAUGUUGUGGAAAUGUUCUGGUUGCUGCAUUAAACAGCAAUUAAACUUCACUCCUCUCAAAGCUUCCUUUACCACAUGUCUUCUCCCAAUCAGAUUGCGCUACAUGAGGUGCAUCUGAUAGUUUUGUUUUUUUUUUCAUUUUUUAUAUGUAUUUAACCUUAUUAUUAUUAUUAUUAUUAUUAUUAUUAUUAUUGUUAUUAAUAGUUUACAGCUAUUGUUAAAUGGUUAAUAAAAUCUAGCAGGAUUUUAAUGUAUAACUGCUAAGAUUUAAUAUGUAAUUCUUACUUGUAUGAUGGAAAGCAGUAGGACUGCAACGUAGGGUACAUUUUGAUCUUCGAAGGUUAGGAACACAUUACCAAAGGAAGGUUCGAACCUUCAAUGGUACUAAUUUGCAUAGUAUACUGGUGACAUCACCAUUGCUACUAGUUUUAUAUUUGAUUGAAAAUCAAAUUUUACAGGUAAGCCAUAUAAAUGUAAUAAAACAUUCACGUGGUUUAAAAAUAUGUUAUAUAGAACACUAAUCAUGUUUUUAUCAUUUAAAUAAAAGUACACAUUGUUUAUGUACACGUAGUUGAUGCUGCUUGUGAUAUACUGUAUAUAGUAAGCUUGCAUUGCAGCAACACCAACUGCAGCAGACUUGGGCAAAAACAAAGCUUUAUUUAACAAUUACCAUUCCAAGCAGGUUGUCAGUCAAAGUCACAUUUUACUACUAAAAAAUAGGAACUUAUGCUUGUCAAGUUACCCUGGAGAUUGGUUGUGCCUCCAUGAUACAUCAACAGUUGCUUGCACAGUUUGCAUUCAACUUUUUUUUUUUUUUGGUCUGGGCAUUUAACAAAGAAAUCCCAAACAGCAGAGGUGUUCCAAGACAUUUCUUUAAAUAUAGCUUACGCUAUACAAGGCUUUUCUGUCAAGACGGCAAAUGAAUAAAUUAAAGGUUUGCCUCUGGAUAACAUGAGCUGGAGCAGGGUGGGGCAGACGGUGCUCAGUUUUCGAAAUUAAAAUUAUUAGUGUUGGCGUAUAUUUAUGUUUUUCAAACAUGUUCUACCAUAGCACUUCUCUUACACUGUCUUGUACAAUAGGUAUUCAGUACAUAUUUUACUGAAGCACUGCAACUGCUAUAGGUACCCCUCCCCCCCCAGUGCUUUGGCACAAUAUACCACGCUCCAAUACAUGGCAGCAGCACCAUAUAGAGUUGUACAUAUAAUGACUUGGUAGUGGAUUUUAAUACAACAACUGUUCAAGUGAUAUGCAUUAUACAAAUCAAAAGAUCAAAUUUUGCAUGCAAGUGACAUUUAAUGUGUGAUUUGUAUAGUAUUCACACAUUGUCAAACGGUUUCUAUUAACAGAGAAAAAAAAAACCUUUGAAGGUUUAAAACUACCUUAGAAUUCCAGGUUAGCAAACAAACUUUCGAACACAGCCCUAGAAAGCAGUCCCUUUAGAAUGUAUGGUACCUCAGAUUGCUUGUCAAGAGUUCUAAUUAAAUCAAAGUUAUUAUACAGCUUGAAUGUAUUUGUAUUUGCACUUUUCGAUAAGGAACAAAUACUAGACGUUAAACUGGAUUUUCUAAAAAAUAUAUUUAUACAUUGAAACUGUUAUUUGUCUAUAACAAGAACUUCAGGCAUCAGUAGACAAUUUGUAAUAUACUAUUUAAUACUAACUUUUGUAAUGUAAGAUUGCUAGAUUAAAUGUUACAGCAGUCAACUAAAAUCCUAUUGUAAAUGUUUAAACAUGUGCUUUCUUGAUUUAUAAAGUGCAUUUACUACUAACCUCACAAAGGCCUUACCAAAUUAAUGCUCGUUUUUUGUUUUUAGAUGUGAGGUAAAGGUGUAACCUAGAUAAAAGUUCUAAGUAAAAGUAAUGCAAAAUGGCUUAAUUAGUACAUUCAAAUUAAUUUUGUGCCUGAAAAUGUUGAUGAAAACUACAGUAAGUAAACGGUGGGAGGAGAGACGGUACGUUUUUAGAAAUUUAUUUUUAGCUCUAUGGUACAUGGAAUGGUCUCUCUUGUGCUUUUUUUU